GCUUUGUUUGUGUUUGAAGCUUUAAAAAUGGCCGUGCAUAGGCAACUUGUUUACCGCCACUGUUAACAGCAAUGUUUUUUGUUUUUUUUGUUUCUGCUUCGUGUAAUACGCUCGCAGUUGGAACAAGAAUGUCUGGGUGACGGUAUUGCUUCACUUUAUUGACUGGAGGUACUGACACGCCUGCUACCAAGUUGUGCUCUGUCCCUUGCAGUUCUCAACCCGUCAAUGACAGUUCGCGCACCGAUACUGCAUCACGACGGGAAUUUACCGACCUCCCGUGCUAACGGUUAUGUGCAAUGACUCGACCUGAUCCUCGUACCCUCUGGUGUGCUUCGCAAGCUCGGUUUCCAGGCUGUCCAUCGGUUUGUUUGCCAGGAGCCCGUUAUGCGGAGAGCCGUAGUUUGGAUUCUAGCUCAUGUGUUCAGAUCGUCCUUCUCUGAGUGUAGUACAGUCGGCGCAACCUGCAGAACGCUGAGUCACUGUGGAACGAUGAUCGAGAAGCUAGAGAAAGUGGAAGGUGCUGUAGGUAAGGAGAAUGACCUAGUCUUGAAGCCGGCCGAAAGCAGUGACGUUGAGGAAGUCGUCGUGUUCUUCGGAGGCGACACGCAGGAUUUCCCCGAAGCAAUGCUGAAGCAUCGAGACAACAGGCGUUAUGUCCAGUGGAACCUAGAGUACAUGGCUACCCUCAUGGGCAGCCACUUCCCCCAGGGCCACUGCAUCGUUGUGCGUCCCAGGCGUCUCCAGUUCCUCACCUUCAGCUGCUAUGACAACUUUGUCAACGGCAACGACAUGGGAGCACCGACCCAUGAGUUCAGCGUCUCUGGUCUCGAACAUUUUCACAAGCUCCUGAUGAACACUGCUGAGCGGCUAAAAUCCAGGACCAGCAAGUCCUGGCAUGCCGUGGGCAGUGCAAUCCAGGGGAAGCCCUUGGUUCUCAUUGGGUUCAGCAAAGGCUGCGUUGUCCUCAACCAGAUCCUUUACGCCAUCAAAGCGCUCGAACUAAACCCGGACGAUGAUCUCUGCGCAUUCGUUGGGAGGAUCAGGCAGAUGUACUGGCUGGACGGUGGGCACUCCGGGGGCUCCAACACUUGGGUCACGAAGGAGGUCGUCCUCAAGGCUUUCGCACAGCUGGACAUCAAGGUCAACAUCCAUGUGACUCCUUACCAAGUGCUCUGCAACUCAAGGCCCUGGAUUGGGAAGGAGGAAAAAGGGUUCAGGGAAACGCUGAAGAAGCUCGGCAUGGAUGUCUCCAGAAAACUACACUAUGCGGACGAGCAGCCGUCUCUGGACAUGCACUUCAAGCUUUUGGAGGAGUUUAUGCCUCGUGCUGCGCCCGUGCUCUGAAGAAGGGAACUUUUUUUUUUUUUUUGUCACUCGUUGAGAACUAAAAGCCUUAGCAAUAUAGAAAAACAAAAACAAAAGCACUUGUAUUCAUGGUCACAGUAGAUGCUGUUUUCUAAUUUAUCAUGGGUCCCUUUUUUGACUGCUAGUGUAUAAUGCACUGUUUGCCUUUUUUGAUUGUAUGACCCAGAGUUCUAGGAGUCCCCUUUUUGCGGAUACAUUCAAAGACUGAAUUUGUCUUUCUUCAGAAAUACAUGUGGCUUGUUGGAAUGUCA